GCAUGAUCUAGUCGAACAAAAGCUGUGGGGAGCUCCCCAUUUCUGCUCAUUCCCUCCACAUUCUCCACCUCUUCCUCUUCCUUCUCAACUUCUGAUCUCGCUCUGCUUCCUACAGUGUUCUCAGAAUCGAUUUGGCUCAAUGGGAGAAGAGAAGCAGAGCAAGGGGCAAGUCCUGACGAUGAUGGAUCAAACAGAGCUAUCGUUGGGUCCAUCUUCGUCGACCUUGAGCAAGAAGACACAGAGUUCCUCUUCGGAAUCGGAAGGAUGUGGCCGGAGGAAGAGGAAGCAGAUCUGGGAUGCGAACCCCAGGCAAACUAGCAUCGAGCUCCAGCUCAAUGAUCCCUUGCCGCUUGAUUGGGAACGCUGCCUUGACCUACAGACUGGGAGGAUCUACUACAUGAACAGGAAAACCCUGAAGAGAAGCUGGAGCAGGCCCAAGGAACAAAACCUGGACUUGGAGCUCAACAUCUCCACCUUCUCAAGCUCAGAAGAGGCGCCGAACUCGAGAUCGACAACUCCAGAGGAAGCAAAGAAGCAGCACAGUUCAUGUGGCAGCAUGGCCGCGGUGGUCUGCGUCAACUGCCACCUCCUCGUCAUGCUAUGCAAGUCAUCUCCUUCAUGCCCCAACUGCAAGUGCAUGCAAACGCCGCUACCGUCUGCGCCACAAGCACCUCCUCCGAAGCUCCAGUCUUCCAAGUCCCCGGAAACCCUAAGUCUCCUCCACUAGUUAGCAGGCAGAUGAAUGCAACAGGCAAACCAGGUUUGAGAGGUCAAUGAUCCUGAGAGUGCUGCGUUAAACUGCAUCACUGAGAACCUGAUGCUUUGUAUAUUUCAUCUAAGGAGAGGGUGUUCUUCCUGUGAUAAAGGAUCUGUCGUGUGUUGCACCCUUUAUUGCACUUGAAUUGGUAGUUUGAGUUGAUGCUCGA